AUGAAGUUCUUGGCAGUAGCGUUCGCCAUCGUUCUUGUCGUUCAGCUCGCUGACGUCGCCGCUGACAAGCUGCCCUUCAAUGACCUGACAGAAACGCAUGGACAACAACUAAAUCUUGAUAACAGUAAUGUAAGAACUGCAAGAUUAACCAUCCCGAUACAGCGGUGCAAUAUAACUAAGUGCGGCGCACAGUGUCGGAGUCGUGGUUUCGUACGUGGAAUAUGCAUCGCGACCGGACUUUGUCGUUGUACAAAUUGA